AUGAAGCUCUUUCUGAUCCUCUCACUUUUCCUGUUGGGAACAGUCUCCUCCUUUCAUUUGAAGAAUGAGGAUCUCAGGAUAGAUACACCAGAGAAACAAGAGACACUGAAUCAAGAACAAGAGAUUUCAGAUGAAGAGGAGAGCCUGGCCUCUGGAGAAGAUGAGUCCUGGUGGGAAAAGGAAGAGGCUUCAGAGUUAGUCCCAGUCCCAGCUACUAAAGAAGAUGAUAAUGUGUGCCCCAAGGAGGAGGACAUAGUUCAUUUGACAGGUACCCCAGAGUGCCAGGGCUGCCGCUUUCUGCUGAUCAGACAACCAAGAACAUUUAGAAAUGCUCAAUCUGUCUGCCAGCGCUGCUACAGGGGCAGACUGGUCUCCAUCCACAACUACAACUCCAAUUAUCUAAUCUAUAAAGCAUCUUGUGGAAUCAACCAGGGCCAGGUUUGGAUUGGAGGCCAUGUCACUGGCUGGGGUCCCUGUAAGAGAUUCUUCUGGCUUGAUGGGAGCCGUUGGAAUUUUGCUUAUUGGGCAUCUGGUCAGCCUGGGAAUGGUGGGGGCAACUGUGUGGCCUUGUGCACCAGAGGGGGUCAUUGGCGAAGAGCUCCAUGUGUCCGGAGGCUGCCGUUUAUCUGCUCUUACUGA